AAACGAUCAGUGCCAAGUCAAACACAACAAACUGGCCAAACAGAGUGGAUAUUUAACAGCUAGGCUUUGGAGAGGAGGUAACCGAGGCAUUUAUAAGGAAAUAUCUGUAUGCCUGUGUGCGUGUGUGUGUGUGUGUGUGUGCGCGUUCCUAUCCCUGUGUGUCCACCACCACCACCCGCGUGCGUCUGUGUCUGAAAAGUGCACGUGUGUGUGCGGUUCCCCUGGCAGUUGGGCGUCAGCGUGCGCUGCGAGUUUCUCACCACAGACCUGCGUGUCGGCGUCUGCUGGAGCUUUUGGGCGCAGGGCAAGAGUUCACGCGUCUCUGCCUCAUUUGGUGCAUGUGUGCUCGUGUGUGUUUAUGAGACGAACAUGAUGGCCAUUGAAGCGAGCUGACAUCGUGGGAUGUGAGAACAUGGAGGACACAAACAACGCCGGCCCCCCGAGCCCCAAACCCAACGGCUUCGUCAACCGCCUGUUCAGCGUUUCCCUGGACGUCCAGAAUGAAACGAGCAGCGUGUGCAUUCAGGAGACGCCGCCCGGGAUCACCGACGCUGGACCACCGCCGGAGGACCAGGCUCCCCAGGUUCCCCUUCCCAAGACCCCCGGGAAGGACAGGCCGCCUGAGGUGCUCCGGAGGGACCGUCGCGCCACCGGGGGGAUCUGGAAGAUCCUGACCCGGAAGAAGGUGGCCUCAGAGCUGGAGAGGAGACCCCAUUCCAUGAUCCUCCCCGGGGAGGCCUCGAUCCCCAAGUUGUCCUUCGCCGACAAGGUCCGCUCUUUCAAGAAACUCAAGUCCCCGUCGGUCUUCAGGGGGAAAACGGGGAAGCUGUCCAGUGCCAAGUUUGGCAGCUCCUUUGUGGACGAGGACUCCUUCUGCCAUGACUUUGGAACGCCCGGGCAGCCCAGCAGGGGAACGCUGAAGCACCGCGCCAAGAGGCACUCCUACGCAGGCUACACCUCGGAGUACGAGUGUUCCUUUGAAGACCUUGAACUGCCGGCCCCGUCCGAGAACCACUACCCCGCUCCCGCCGAAGAAGCCGUGACCCAGAAUGGCUGCAAGCCGCCAGAGAGAGUUUGCUAUGCUAAAAGGACGGCUAGUAGCAACUCGACCAACUGUAACAACAUAGCUGCCGGCGGCGAGGAGCAGAGUGUUCGGGGCAGCCCCAAGGCCCAGCCGGGGGGAGCGAGGAGAGCCAAGGGCCCAGAUGUGUGGAGCUACUUGCGGAGGAUCUCUCUGCUGGGCAAGGCCAAUCCCGUGUACUCUGAGAGGAGCUUUGACUCUGAGCUCCCCACUCUGGACAAAACCAUGGACUCAGAUUGCGGCUCGGUAGACUUUGAAUCCGUCAGAGAUUUCCAACCGGCGCCCCCGAAACACUUAGACGGCAAGGGCCAUUUCGGUGGCUUUUUAAAGUUCUUCAACAGCUUCACCGAGAACGCGAGAAAAUGGCGGUCGACUCCGACGUCUCGUUCGUUCUCCCCCCCGGAGGAAGGGAAGACCCCAAUAGACUCGCCCCGUGCGGGAGAACGCCCCGUUGAAACCAUUCACAGCGGCGGGUCCUUUACUCUGCACAGUCAAGGACACCCAGUCCCCCUGCCCUCCCCCAAUAUCCCCAAACCCUCCCAGUCUAGCACCCUAGAGAGGCACGGCAAAGCCACCACUGGGGACGCACGUUCCCCCACCGUGGUUCUGAGGGCCUUUAGAACUUGCCCAGAGUCACCCGCUGUCAAUGGAAUUCACUGUAAGAGUUCAGAGGGUGCAGAGAAACCUACACACAGGCAGGCUGUUCAGAGGGCCCUGGUGACAAUAGAGAAGCCCAUAGCCCGGCCCAGCCCGAAGCGAGACAGGGAGAAUGUGCCUGCCUAUGUUGCCCGAAUGGCUUCCUCUGCCCAGCUUUGUCCAGAGGAAAAGGCAGAGGGACACUCUUCAGGAAAUGAGCAAGAUUCCACUGAGGCUCCACCUGAUUCACACCAGACACGGGAAUUAACCGGCCAAUCACAGGCGGGAGACAAGGAGAGUAUAGCCAAUAGUGUGCCACCAUCCGACUCCACAGAGGAAAUAUUCAAGCUGUGCGAGCAGAUUGCCGUCGUCCAAUCAGCCGGCGGCAAAGAUCGGUCCAGCCCGAUCCCGCCGACUCACUGUAGCUCCUGGAAGGUCCGGGCGCGACCCAAGCCCUCCCAACCUGCCCGCCCUCGGCCCCGCCCCGCCUCGGCUCUGCUGGACCUCGGGAGACCACCCCCCCGGCCAGAGGGGGAUCUGUACCCGGGCUACGCCGAGGUGGGCUCGCUCUGCCGGCGCAGACGCAGGCCGGUGGCGGCGCCGGUGGCGGCGCCGGCGGCGGCCGUGACACACGCCGCCUACCCCCCGGGCCAGAGGACGAGGACGGCGGGCCGCUCCAGACCCCACUCUGUCAUAGAAACCAGCGUCGCUAUGGAGACGCAGGCCACGCAACUGCACCACAGAGCCCUCUCGCGGCCCCCCGGGGUGUCCCCGCUGGAGCCCCCACUCAGGGCCUCCCUGCAGCGCUGCCGGUCCCUCCCUCUGGCCCCCAGCACCCUGAGCACCUUGGCCCUGCUCCGCCAGCAGACAGUCUGUGAAGGCCAGUUGUCGCACUCCGUCCGUCUGCGCAAUGGAGACACAGGGAGCUGCAGGAGAAGGCUGCUCAGACCAGGCUCAGGACCGCUUCAGGUUAACAUAUUGAUAAGCGGAGGGUCAAUCGUCAGUGCUGAGGCGGUAUGGGACCAUGUGACCAUGGCGGACCGGGAGUUGGCGUUUAAGGCGGGCGACGUCAUCAAGGUGCUGGACGCCUCCAACAAGGACUGGUGGUGGGGACAGAUCGACGAGGAGGAGGGCUGGUUCCCCGCCAGCUUCGUACGGGUGGAACCCCACCCUCCUCCACCCCAAACAAAACAGGUUUUCUAUAUCAACCCCAUAGCAACUCCGCGGUUCCAAAACACCACGUCAAAGCUUUGGGUAAACCAGGAGGAUGGAGGGGCGGAGCCAGUCGAGGGGACCAGUGAGGUGCAGAACGGACACCUGGAUCCGACCAAUGACUGCCUGUGCUUGGGAUCACCGCUUCAGAACCGUGACCAGAUGAGAGCCAACGUCAUUAAUGAGAUCAUGAGCACAGAGAGACACUACAUCAAACACCUCAAGGACAUCUGCGAGGGCUACCUGCGUCAGUGCAGGAAGCGCGUGGACAUGUUCAACGACGACCAACUAAGGGUGAUCUUUGGGAACAUCGAGGACAUCUACCGCUUCCAGAUGGGCUUCGUCAGAGACCUGGAGAAACAGUACAACACAGAGGAUCCCCACCUCUCUGAGAUAGGGCCCUGCUUUCUGGAACACCAAGACGGCUUCUGGAUCUACUCUGAGUACUGCAACAACCACCUGGACGCCUGCAUGGAGCUCAGCAAGCUGAUGCGAGACGGCCGGUACCAGCACUUCUUCGAGGCCUGCCGCCUCCUCCAGCAGAUGAUCGACAUCGCCAUCGACGGCUUCCUGCUCACGCCGGUCCAGAAGAUCUGCAAAUACCCUCUUCAGCUGGCGGAGCUGCUCAAGUACACGGCGCAGGAGCACAGUGACUAUCGCUAUGUGGCAGCGGCCCUGGCGGUGAUGCGGAACGUCACUCAGCAGAUCAAUGAGAGGAAGAGGAGGCUGGAGAAUAUCGACAAGAUCGCCCAAUGGCAGGCCUCCGUUCUGGACUGGGAGGGCGAUGACAUCUUGGACCGGAGCUCUGAGCUGAUCUACACAGGGGAGCUGUCGUGGAUCUACCAGCCAUACGGGCGGAGUCAACAACGCGUCUUUUUCCUGUUCGAUCACCAGUUAGUCCUCUGUAAGAAGGACCUGAUCCGUCGGGACAUCCUGUACUACAAGGGGCGCAUCGACAUGGACCGCUACGAGGUGCGCGACGCCACCGACGGCCGGGACGACGACUUCAACGUCAGCGUGAAGAACGCCUUCAAGCUGUGCAACAAGGACAGCGAGGAGAUCCACAUCUUCCUGGCCAAGAAGCUGGAGGAGAAGAUCCGCUGGCUCAGGGCCUUCCACGAGGAGAGGAAGAUGGUGCAGGAGGACGAGAAAAUCGGUUUCGAGAUCUCAGAGUACCAGAAGCGGCAGGCGGCCAUGACAGUGAGAAAGGUGACCAAACAGAAAGGUGUAAACAGGUGCACGCCCCCCUCGUACCCGCCGCCCCAGGACCCCCUGUCGGCGGGGCACUACGAGGUCACGGAGGACAUGGCACAAGGGGAGGUUUUUGAAUUAAGUCAAUCCAAAAGAGGCCAGGCUCCCUUCUGGCAGAAUUUUAGUAGAUUAGCUCCAUUUAAGAAAUAAGACACUUGAGAGACUCUUCCGGAAAGGACCAGCUAUUUUUCUUAGAAGCACUAAUAAACGUCGGGUGAUUAACAUCCGAAACGAUGAAGAAUAUAUUAUAAAAAAACAGGAAAAAAAAACACACACACACACACACACAUGUUCAACGAGAGAAAGACUUUUGAAGAAGAAGGACCAUGUGUUAAUAUCUCCAACCCCCCAGAGGGUUGGAAGCACCAAGAGGACUGAAGAAAAGAAAAUAGACUUUACAUUUCAUGUAUGUUAUCGGCACCAUUCUUUGUUUGUUGUUUUGUUGUUUUUUUUAUUGGUCAAGCUUCUCCCACCACGGCACUCCUUCACAAACUCCACCCCUCUCGACCUCUCGACCCUGCGCCCUCACUACAACCACGCUCUCUGAUUGUCCACAAGUUGUCCAUGAGAUGUUUUUCGGGGGGGGGGGGGGCUUCCUUAAUCAAGUGUUUUUUGUCCAACCCCAUUCCUCCGGGGAGCAAACCCCGAAUCCCAAACCUGUGUUCAUCCAUCUGUAAAAGGUGGAGGCUGCUUCAUUGGCCGUAUGAUCGUAUUCGAAACUAAAAUGAGUUGUCGUUGCUGUGCUGCUCUGUGAGUGUGUGUUUGGUGAGGACCUUGUGUACGUUCACUGUGGUGGAAGUGGAAUGACGAUAUGUGUCAUCUACAGGCUGUAGCAUCUGUCCCCAACUCCCCCCCCCCCCCCCCCUCGCUGUCGGAAUUAACGUCGUCUCAGAUCCAGUGAUCACAGGCCGAUCGGGACUACGCUGCUCUGAAGACGUCUGUCGUCAUUCUAGGCUGCAUCCUCCUCCCUCCCUCCAUGUUCUCUCUCUCGCUCUAUAAUAUACCAUCUUAGUUUCUCUCUUAUUCUCUCCCACACUCUGGCUCCCUGCGUUCCUCCAGCGCUCUCCUCUCUGAUCAAUACCCCCCUACCGUGGAGACCUUUCUAUACCGUUCUCUCCAUCCUUUACCUUUUACUUUCAUUCUCUCCAUCUUUCUCUGAUCUAUCCACGCUAUCGGCGCUGCUUUCAACCGGCUCGCGUCUCUCUCUCCCUCUCUCUCUCCCUCUCUCUCUCUCUCCCUCUCUGCCUCUCCCCCUUCCUCCCAGCGGUUGGUAUUCCACUAGGAGCUGGCAAGCGGGGCUGCUCAGUCUGCCAUGGGCCGCAUUGCAUCGGGCGAGGGAAACCAAUCAAUGGCCUCCUCAACAACCAUUAGACCAUUUACACGCUUUUCGCUCAACCAUUUUCAACAGGAUAUUAAUAUCCUGUUUACUGGCCAAGGGAGCUGUGGUUUAUGGGGCGGUGUGCUAGGGUACAGCCCAGUAGAAUGGGAUUCCUCCUGCCAAAUGCUGGAAACCACCUCUCACACGAAUCCCAACCUCCACGUCUGGGCUGGCUUCUUGUUCGUGUUUUGCAGGACCUCUGCACCAAAAGGCUUUCAUGAGAAGUAAUGGUGUUUUGGUUACCUGCUAUGAAAAGCACAGCCAAAUACACCCAGAUCCACCCUCAGUGGUAAUGAUUAGUACCUAGUAGAGAGUGUGGGACAAAGCUGUAUACCGGAGUAUAUAAUUGCUUUUCCUCAAGCUGGAAUCAAGCCUACCUUUGCAGUGCAAAAUAAAAUGAUAGGGUUGGACAGAAAGAGUGAAAGAGUAAGUUUAAGAGUGAAACUACAUUUAUUGAGGAAUAGGAUCAACUUGAGAUGGGUUGAGUCAACUAUGAAGUGAACAAACGUGAUGAAAAGAAAGCCAGGAUGCAUUGCGGCUGGUAGGUGAGCCCGGGUGGCUGGAUGGCUGGAGGACAUUGUCUGUAAUCUGCAGCACGCACACUUCCUGGUGCAUUUUUUAAUUCUUUCAGCGUCUUUCUUUGCACUACAGUGCGUCCUUCACACCAGUUGGAGGGGGGGGGGGGGGGUCAAGGGGGGGGUCCGGUACCAGACAGUUUGUUUAACCAACGACGACGACCAGCAGCUGUCCCUUGCGGACACAGAGGUCGUGAACCCUUGGAAGAUGGCCGCGCCUGCCGCCUUUCGAAUACACUCCACCUGCUUAUCUGCGUAUGUUUCAUAAAGGUGUUUUUUUUGUUCUACGAUUGGAUUGUUAAGAGAUAUAUCUGUUGAUUUAUGGUUACGUGAUCAUGUUUGUGGACCUCAGAUACAUGAGUACAUUUUUCUGUGUUGGAGUUAAACCAUCUACAUAAUACAAUAUGGCAACUUGUGCCCUGUGUUGAACCAUUAUAUAGCCUCACAAUUCACCAUACAGAGGGGGUAUAUGUGUUGUAAUAUGUCAAUUGCUUUGCCUUCUUAAAGGCCUUAUAACCUAUUGGAGGAAGAAUUAAAAGAGACCUGAGACUUGUCUCUAGUCUGUUGUGUAAUUUAUCUCUUUGGUUUCAGUAAAGAAAAGUGGAGUUGAAACACUGAGUUGGUUGGUGGUGUGGCCACACAGGAGCAGUAGGAGGAAGUCUUCCUCUAGCACAGAUAUGAUUCCUAGACCAUAACCUCAGGUCGAGUGCAGUUACCCCUCACCCCACCGUUCAACCCCGACAGACACACAACCAUCAACAAACACACACACACAAACACACGCAUACAUACACAUGCACACACACACGUGUGUAUGCACGUAGCUGGCACACCGUCACACACAGGUACACACAUGCGCACAAGGGAAAACACCGCAAACAUACUCCUGCAGGCUUAUCGGCCCGUUGUGCUGCUGGAAAGAGAGAUGCGAUCUAACAGUGCCUUCCAGCAUUCCACUAGUGAUGAUGAUAUCUUAAGUUUCACAGGCCAACCUGAGGUAGUCGUGUCAUUCACCCUGGGCAUGGGUCUAGGCUCUCUCUCUCUUGCUUAAUAGUUCUAUUUUUCUAUCUUUUUUUUCUUCCUGUCCCUCCCCUCAUUUUCCCUCUGUAGGUUGGUUUUUCUGUCACUAUUUUUCUCUCUUCCUCCUUGUCUCUUCACCGUUUCAAUCUACUCUCCUCCUCCCUCCAAUCUCCCUCUCUUUUCUUUGUUUUUCUCUCACACUCUCUCUCUCUGUAUAUUCAUAUAUAUGGAGAUAUAUAUCCCCCCCUCUGUCCAUUUUUUUCGUCUCUUUUCUUCUCUCACUCCCCAGUACCCUCUCUCUUGUUCUCGUUCUUUCUCUAUCUCUCUCGGACUGGGAAUCCCAUUCCCCAGUGCAUGAGAUCCAAUCCGACCAGAGUAUAGCGAUCAGUCCUUACUCCCUGAACAGGAGUAGGCAAUGUAUUAUCACACAAGAGAGCAGUAUUAUCACACAUUAGCAUAGAAGUGUCCAAUAUAGUGUUGCACAAACUGACAAAACAUUAAGUAUAUUCUACUUUCAGACAUUUACUUCCUUCGUUGCACAUUUAAAAACAUAUUUAAAGCUCAAAAACCGCUGCAGUAGGAUACUGUUUGUUAUUUUAUUUUUUUCCUUUCUCGGUCGGUGUAUUAGAAGUAACUUGAAGCAUAUAUACAAAUUAUGGGGAGUUGUAAAUUGAAGGAACAAUCAUCUAUUUUACACUUAGCAGCUACACACUGUAAAUACUGUACAAAAGAACAGAUCAUAUAUUUGGAUAUUAGUAUUUUGCGUUGGAGACGAAUGUUGUACCAGUUCUAGCGUGCGCUAACACACCGCACCAGAUAGAUGCAUGCUUGUGGCAUCCAAAUAUUUUGCAUGCAAUUUAACCAGAACUCUUUAACCAGAUUGUUUUAGCUUCAUUUACAAUCCCCCUUCAUCACUUAAAUACAAAAAACCAUCGCUGAGUAAACCGAUACCAGCUCACUGAAAGAAACGAUUAUUUAACUCCCCCGGUUGUGGCUUUUAACGCUUUAUUUAUUUAUUGUCAAACCGGUGUUUGUCAUCGUCAUUGGAAAUCCAAGAUAACACUGAAGUGAAGAGCACUGAUGCUGCCUUGUCUACGUGGAACUAUGAACACAACUCUCUUUACAUUCUUACGUCAUCUUCACACCACACUCGCCAACGAUGGCUAACUGUCCAGUGCCAUUAACGGCUGUGACCGAAAACGGGUAUCUUGUUUUGUUUUUUAUCAGUAAACCAAACAGGGAUGUACAAUGAUGAUUGCCCUAUUCGUUGUUGUUUUUUUGGAGUAUAGAUUUCAAGUCAAACAGAGAUAAAAACAAGAAAAACCUCUUCUGAUUAUCAAAACAAUAUCAGCCAGAAAUCCUGAAGACACAAUUACACAGAACUUCGCUCCAAUAUCCCAGUACUCUCCUUUUGCUGACAUUCUGAAGAACAAUGGUCUGACACUACCAAUCAAUUUCUCACAACCUUCUAUGAAAUUCUGUGUCCUCAUUUUUUAAUUUGUGUUACAAUGUUUACCGGUUUUAUUUGGUUACCCAAUACAGAAACAGCUUUAAGUAAGAUUUAUCUGAGGCAAAGUUAGGACAUAUUUGUUGCCAUGCAUCAAUGCGUGUCUGUCCUGCUUGUAUUAUUUAAUGACCUUUUAAUUAUAAAUGCAUCAGUGUUAUAUAUUUUUCCUCACCUAUUUCUAUGUUUUGUUGUGUGUUUUUUUUUCCAAGGGACAUAUUAGCAAGUAAUAACAUUCACAAACCUGAGCAUUGCAACAUAUUUGAUAGCUAUUUCUUGCAGUUAUGGCAGUCCUGUGUUAUUUCGGAAUAGUCAGGGUACAGCAGGGUCUCUAUCUUCAAAAGGUAAUUUAAUGUGGUUUUUAAUGGCCGCAAGGUAACAGAGGGCCCGCUUUUGGAACUCUUAACCAUUUGUAUAUUACCAUCUAGUUUAAGGUUUCGAUUUUUGACCACCACAGCACAUUUACUUGCAAGUUUUAUCCUUAGGAAAUGUCACCAUAUGCAAACAUUUGUAUUUUAUUUCUUGCUGGCAUUUAAGUUUAUUUGUUGUAUAAAUUUAAAACCUUAAGAAUAUUGUCUAUUCAAUCGAGAAACUGUGAAUGGGGGAGUGGAGAUGUCUACUGUAUGUACAUUAUAUGUUUUGAUGUAAUCAAAAGCACUGGGAAUAUGUUGUAUUCCGCUGAAAAAAAUGAAACCAUAUCUGAUAUAGCUGUACUUUUGUUGAAAAUAAAACCUCUAUAUACAUA